AUGGGCGCGCUGCGGCUGCUGCCCGCGGGCGCGGCGCUCGCGCCGCUGGCCGGGGGCGUCGGCCUGGCCCCUCUCGCGGUCGGCGCCGCAGCCGGCGCCGCUGACCUGGCCGCGGCUGGCGCGCAGGCGCCCAUUGACCCUGGGUCAUUCCAGGCGCUGCUUGCCCUCGCGCUGCAGGGCCGCGGCGCGGACCCUACUGCGGGCCUGGGCGGCGGCCAGCCGCCCGCGCCGGGCGCGUGA